AUGGCCAUCGCCCAACCCACAAAGACAGGCGGAGACGACCUGGACGAUUACCUAGAACUCGACCCGAAUCUCGUCGCGUCAGGAUCGGACGUCGGGUCUGAUGAUAGUGAUAACGAGGCCGAGGAAGGGGAUGAGGCCGAGUUGGACGUGGAGGGCGAGGGGGAUAGGCCGGUGUUGGAGAGAGGGACGGGGAUGAAUGAAGGUGUCAAGCGGAAAGCCUCGGUCGAUGCGUCCGAUGAUCCGGAGGAGAGUGGGGGGAGAGUGGGAGCUGUGGAAGAAGGAGGGGAAGAGGAAGAGCGGAAACGGCGUAAGAAGGAGAAGACGAAAGAGCGGAAAGCGAGGAGACUAGCAGCCUCCGCCCCCUCCUCCGCACCUACACCCCCAACCCACCUUUCCCCCGACGCCCUGCUCGCCCUCCUUCGCACCUCCCUAGUCUCCACCCACCCCGCUCUCACACCUAUGGAAAUAACCGACCGUCUCCCGCCACUCACCUCCCUCCUCGCGGCGCCCGAACACGCCGCGCCUGACCUCCCUGCCGCGUCGUUCGAGCCACUCCGGAGACGAGUGGCGGGGCUCCUCAAGAAGGGCGGUAAGAUUCAGAAGGGGCGUCCGAGGAUUGUGAUUUUGUGUUUGAGUGGGCUGCGGUGUAUCGAGGUGAUGAAUAAUGUAAAGGACUUGAAGGGGGAGGCGCAGGUUGCGAAGUUGUUCGCAAAGCAUAUCAAGGCGCCAGAGCAGAAGAAAUUCCUCGAGUCCACGCCGGUCUCAAUAGCCGUAGGGACACCCGCUCGUGUCGGCAUGUUUUUGGGUGACGGAACCAUAUCGGUGGAUAAGAGCACGAUCCUCCUCCUUGAUAUAGGCCACCAAGAUAGCAAAACCCGCACACUCCUCACGAUGCCGGAAAUGCGGGUCGAGCUGUGGAAAUCGGUCUUUGCGGGUCCGGGGCGGAAAGCCUUGCUGGACGGAGGGGCGAGGAUCGGUGCUUUCUGA